AUGCCGACUUUCCAGUCGAACAAGUUCCGGUCGUCGGCCGACAUGAACCGCAUCGGCAUGCGGUACCGCUCGCUCAUGAACAAGCACCCCUUUCUCACCUUUGGCCUGCCUUUUCUGGGCAUCAUCAUUGCGGGCUCGUUUGUCCUCACGCCCGCGACGGCGGUGCGGUACGAGAAGCACGAUCGCAAGGUGCGGCAGAUGAGCAAGGAGGAGGAACUCAGCGUGCGGCGGGCCGGCCGAAAGGUUGACAUGCGGGAGGAGUACAAUCGACUCGCGGGCCGUGACCUGGAAAACUGGGAGCAGAGACGCGUGGAGCGGUUCAAGGGUGAGAGUGACGGUAUUCUACGAUAA